AUGGCUUACGGCAUUAUGGGCUCGAUGCCUGAUUCCCGAAUGCUGACCUAUCGGACAAUGAAAGAUGUCAAAGCUGUAUAUUUCGACGGCGCGAGCGCGAAUUUGAUAGGGGAUGGCACUACGAGUCAGAUGGUGUUGCUUUAUAACGGCAGUGACAGCAUCCCAAGGCGGGGUGGAUGGAGAUCCCCACCUAAUCAUGGUAGACGACUCCAAGAUGAGGGUAGUGAUGGCAAAGAGAGGGAAAGGGGGGACGAUCCACCGAGAAGACCUCCAGGCCACUGGAAUCCAUUGGAAGACGAAUAUUUUCGCGCUAGAGGGCUAUGCAAGUGGCUUGUGUCUCGAGGUCUUGGUGGAAUCGGUUGGGGCUAUGAGGGAAUUGUGAGAAUGAACGCCGGAUUCGAAGUCAUUUGGUGCGAUUUUGAUAGUCCAUCUUUGAAGUUGCUCUCGAAUCUGAACGUUUCGGCACCACGACUUGAAGAUUCGACACCAAUAGACACGGAACGUGUUAGAAUAUUCGAGCAACUUCAGAUUCAAGCGAAGUUAAGAGUGAAGGGUGAUGAGGGACCUCAUGGACCCGGAAUGACCGAUCCUACGGAGCCAUUUAGGGACAGCGCCAACUGGUUCUGGUUUUCAGCUGCCGCAAAACGAUACUUCGGUGAUGCUAGGAUCAAGGUCAACCCAUGUGGUGUGUUUUCCUUCUACGAGCCCGAGCUCCUAAACCAGAGCCGUACGAGAAUCGAGGACGAGACAAUAAGACUGAAUUUGACUGGAGACGGGAGGUGGAACGGUCCAGAAGGAGAAUCACCUAGGCAAACAGGACUCGAGAAGCUUACGAGGAGGCGGAGGGAGCACUCGCUAGACAGUGUGGGAAAUACCGAUGGGCUAUUCAUGCGGCAAGCUUCAGAAAGAAGAUUGAAGAACGCACUGAAAGGUGAUGAAGGCUGCAGUGGUGUGGAUUGGCAUUAUCUAACAAAGAGCAUUGUUGUCGGGUACGCCCGUGAGAUUCAAAAGCUUCUUCAAGCUCUGAAUAGCGACUUUCAGUCUCAAUCUCGGGAGUGGCUUCAACAGAUCAGAGCACUGACGCAUUGGUUCAUGAUGCCAUUCCUUGAGUAUCCGCCAGGGCGUCCAUAUGAUAGCGCAACUUUGGAAACCAUGUUCGACGUGGGCUCUCCUCUCGCAUUGGCAACUUUAGAAAGAUGCCAGAGUCAGCACGAUGUGGACAAAUAUGAAUUGGGCGAGGGAGACAAUGCGGCGUAUUACGCAGUGAAAGAAACAUUGGCAGGGAUCUGCGGGACUGUCAUAGAGAUUGGCCUGGGAGUCGAGCAUCAGUGGCUUCUAAAUUUUAACUCGAUACAUUCGGAAGACAAGAUUCAGCGGCGAGCGAACCUUCUAGGCGACCUUCCCACUGCUGUACAAAGUUGGAAAGCGAAGGUGGAAGAUCUGAUGGCAUGGCUGGGUUGGGUUGAGAAAUGGACAAGUUGUGAUGAUUCAUGUGGCGCCGAUGAAGUUUGUUACGUUCCAAUGUGGCCCGUCUCUGGAUUCCCUCGGAGGGGUCGUCGACCACCAAACCAUCCAGGCGAUAUGCAUUCGCUUGGUGCGCUAUAUUGGGGCUGGGGAGAUACAAGCAAAUAUUUCUGGGAGCCAGUGUGUGUGAAUGCCUCGUCUUAUCCACCUGAGAACUGGGAGUAA